AUAAUCAAAAUUAUUGAAUUGGGUAUUUUAUGUUGCAAUUCUCCUUGAAGUUCAAGCACAAUUUUCGAUUUUGUUCUACUUUUAGAAUCAAUUAAUCUAUCUUUCCCGACUCUGGAAAUCCCACCACGCUCUCCACUGUAAAACCUUGCCCUUACCCUAAAACUCUUCUCUCAUGGCGACCGCCACCGCGGACGAGCAACCGCCCUGCGAAAACGGCUCCACAAAUGCCGCAGGGCUUGUAACACAACCAACUAUAAACCCUACAGCAGACUCUGUUGAAUCCCCACAAAACCGAAACCCAGAAAGCUCUGACCCCGACUCAGCCGAGGCCAUCGAACCCACCACCACUACCCCACCUGCGGAGAAGCGCUGGCCCGGAUGGCCAGGGCACUGCGUGUUUCGGCUUAUAGUACCUGUUUUAAAAGUUGGAAGCAUUAUUGGACGCAAGGGCGAGCUCAUUAAGAAGAUGUGUGAGGAGAGUCGAGCUCGCAUUAAAGUACUUGAUGGCCCCGUUGGCAAUCCUGACCGCAUUGUGUUGGUAUCAGGAAAGGAAGAGCUGGAGGCACCUGUUUCUCCUGCAAUGGAUGCGACAAUUAGAGUUUUCAAACGAGUUUCAGGGUUGCCUGAAAAUGAUGGUGAUGCCAAAGCAGCUGGAGCUGGAUUUUGCUCAGUGCGGUUGUUGGUGGCAUCUACACAAGCAAUUAGUUUAAUAGGAAAGCAGGGUUCAUUGAUUAAGUCUAUUCAAGAAAGCACUGGUGCUUCUGUGCGUGUACUUUCAGGAGAAGAAGUGCCAUUUUAUGCUGCCAGAGAUGAGAGGGUUGUGGAGAUGCAAGGAGAAGCUGCAAAAGUUCUCAAAGCUCUAGAAGCAGUGGUUGGACAUCUGAGGAAGUUCUUGGUUGAUCAUAGUGUUCUUCCUCUUUUUGAAAAGACAUACAACACAGCUCUCUCUCAAGAGCGUCAAGUGGAGACUUGGGCUGACAAGUCAUCACUGCAUACGGCUCAAAGUAGAAUUAGCUCUGAGUAUACUCCCUCAACAAGGAGGGAAUCUUUGUACUUGGAACGUGAACCACAAUUGGAGUCACGUUUUAGAUACUCUGGAAUUUCACUCUAUGGACAAGACCCUGCAAUUUCAGCAAUAUGUUCAUCAGGAGUUAGUGGUCCUAUUGUUACACAGGUUGCACAAACUAUGCAAAUACCAAUAUCUUAUGCUGAGGACAUCAUUGGUAUUGGAGGCAAUAGUAUUGAACACAUCCGUCGAACUAGUGGGGCCAUCAUAACUGUCCAAGAGAGCAGGGGAUUACCUGAUGAAAUCACUGUAGAAAUUAAAGGCUCCUCAUCACAGGUCCAGAUGGCUCAACAACUGAUUCAGGAAUUUAUGAACAAUCACAAAGAACCAGUUACAAGCAGCUAUGGAAAGAUAGACACUGGUUAUAGAUCUUCAUAUUCUCAAUUGGGGAGUUCAUUGUACUCGUCAUCGUCAUUAUCGUCACAACUUUAUGGUGGCUAUGGUUCUUCUGGUGUUGGUGGCUAUGGUAGUUAUCGGCUUUGAGUGGACAGUCAAAGAAUCAUCACCCUCCUUGUUUGGACUAAUUUCCUUCUGAUUAAAGGUCAGAGAAUCACUCUUGGAAUGAAGUGUGUAAAGUUACUGAAAAAACUUAGUUGGAGGUUUUGGUUUAUGUUGUAUUGUGCAGAUAUUAUGCGCUGGUCUUGUUUAAGGUAGCUAAAUGGAAAUGAAUAACGAAACUAAUUCUGAUUUUCUCA